UAGUAUUAAAACUAAUAAAUUAAGUAUAUAUGAGGAAUCAUUGAACGUGAGGGGGUGAUUAUAGUUGACAAAUUUGAUGAUUAAAUAGUUGUAAAUUAAUAAGAGAAAAAUUAACAAGAAGAAGAUGGGAAAGGCAGUAAUAUUGGUGGUGAGACUUGUUGCCUUAAUUUGCCUUGUGGGAUCACUCAUCCUCCUCCUUACAAGUUCUCAAUAUUCCGAUACUCAACGCCUUUUCUACUCUGAUGAUGAGCUUCAAAUCAAAUUUACCGAUUUUCGUGUUUAUGUUUAUAUGCUGGUUUGCAUUGGCGUGGGAAUUGGCUAUAAUCUCUUUCAAACAAUACUCUCAUUAAGCAUUGGAGUUAGCCUUUUAGAUCUAUUUGGUGACAUGAUCAUAGCAAAUAUAUUGGUUUCAGGAGCAGCUGCAACAUUUGGUUUUACACUUGAAUUGAGCCGUUCAACUGACCUAGAGCCCACUAGUUUCUUCAAUAAGAUUUUUGUAUCUGCAGGCCUUUCUCUUCUAGCAACUCUCUUCACACUUAUCUCUCUCAUUUCCUCACAUGUUGCUCUAAAGGGUUGAAUUGUUGAUACAAACAAACAUUUCAUGUACUAUAUAUUAAUUUUCUUUCAUUUUCA